GGGGGGGGGGGGGGCGGGGGCUUGAGGAGCAAAAGGUCCGAUUGCCAAACCAUGAGCGAACCAAACCCAGAAGAGGCUGCUUGCCCCAGCAGUGACUUGUGCUCGGAAUGCGCUCAGCUUCACCUGGUGCUCGAGAACCAUCUGUACGACUAUGGGGAGGAGGUGGACGAUGAGCUGGUCUGUCACAUCUGCCUCCAGCCCCUGGUGCAGCCGCUGGACACUCCCUGCGGCCACACCUUCUGCUUCAAGUGCCUGGAGAACUUCUUGCAGGAGCAGGACUUCUGCCCCAUGGACCGCAAGCGACUGCACCUCCAGCACUGCCGCAGGUCCAGUCACCUGGUGCGGAACCUUCUAGACAAGUUGCCCGUCAUCUGCCCCUUCCGCUCCGAUUGCGAGGCCAUCAUGCAGCGGUGUGAGCUUGAAGCCCACCUACAGAACAGGUGUCCUGGUCUUAAGAAACACAGAGAUGGGAUUGAGAGAAGGCGGCUGGAAAGUUUGAAGAGAAGCCAGGAUCUGAGGAAAGACUCUGAUGGUAGUUCAGUUCCUGUUGACGGGACAGUGGCUGCUGAGACCGCUGUUGGGACCGCUGAGCCCGGUCUGGUCAACCCUGCUUUUGAGGAGGAUCUUGAGGACAAUGCGUACCAGCCCAGGCUGUCCAGUCUUUUAGCAGAAACCACCGUCGUUGAGAUCCAUCGAGCUGACCCUCAGGAGGAGUUGGGUAUCCAAGUGGUGGGGGGCAAAGACACCCCACUAUGCAACAUAGUGAUCCAGGAGAUCCUUCGGGACAGCAUCACAGCUAGAAAUGGGAAGCUUGCACCUGGAGACCAUAUAUCAGAGGUGAAUGGUAUAAACGUGACCACUGUCCCUCACAGCUAUGCCAUCGGUAUCCUGCGGCAGCCCUGCUCCGUGCUGCGUCUCACCGUGCUGCAGGAGAGGGGCUUCGCGAGCAGACGGCCCUCAAAGGAAAGCAGCGGAGGAGGCACCAAACAGACUCUCCAUGUCAUUCUGUACAAGAGAGACCGGAGCGAGCCUCUGGGCAUCAAGCUGAUCCGGAAGGCGGAUGAGACGGGGGUGUUUAUCCUGGACCUGCUGGCCGGGGGCUUGGCCUCUCGGGAUGGGAAGCUCCAAAAUAACGACAAGGUUCUCAUGAUCAAUAAACAGGACCUGAAAAACGGGACGCCUGAAAUUGCAGCACAAAUUAUACAGUGCAGCGAGGGAAACGUCAGCUUUGUGAUACAGAGGGAUGCCGAGAAGGCGCCGGAAAUAAUGGAGGAGGCCGGCUGCAGCAACAGCAGCCCCCCACGUCAUCGCGGCAAAGCCCAGCAAUACUGCCGUCGGCGCUCCCACUACCAGAAGGACCCCUCACAGUCUACCCUGUGCCUGGAGAAGACUAUCGUGGUGAAGAAGGAGCCAAGGGAGUCUCUGGGAAUAACUAUUUCAGGAGGGCGUGAGAACAAAUAUAAAGUUCCCAUUUAUGUGACGAGUGUCCAGCCCGUCGGCUGUCUCUUCCGGGAUCGCAGAAUCAAACGAGGAGACGUGCUGCUGAGCAUAAACGGAGUGGACCUGACACAGCUGAGUUACAGCGAGGCCGUGUCUGUUCUCAAGGUGAACGCUGCCUCCGCCUCUGUGCUGCUGAGGGCCCUGGAGUUUCCCAGCUCCGAGGAGAGCCCCCCGGCCCUGGGGGAUGACGAGCCCCCCGAACCCAGCAAGGACAACGAGUACGAUUGGGCCCCGCUGUGGAUCAUGUGGCUUGGGCUGCCGAGUUACCUUCAUUGCUGCAACGACAUUAUUCUGCACAAGAACAACUCUGAGAGCUGGGGGUUCAGCAUCGUCGGAGGCUUCGAGGAGACUCACGGGAACCAGCCCUUCUUCAUCAAGACCAUUGUGCCCGGCACUUCGGCGUACUUUGAUGGAAGAUUAAAAUGCGGGGAUGAGAUUGUGGCUGUGAAUGGAGUCUCGGCUGUGGGCCUGAGCAACUCUGCUGUGAUCCCGAUGCUGAAAGAACAGAGGAACAGGGUCACUUUGACUGUGGUGUCCUGGCCAGGAAGCCUUGUGUGAAAGGAAGGAGAGUCCAUGACAAUCAAGCCUCGCUUAAAAGAUGAUAGGAUAUGGGGAGAGACACACACACACACACACACACAUAAACCAACAAAAAACCUGACUAUCCAAGUCACAUCCAACGGGACAAAUAACUGAUCACCAUCGCUGCAAUUUUCUUUCUAUCUCAAGACCCUCUGGCUUCAACUCAUUCAUUUGCACGUCGCAAUUUGCCGUUGAAACCAGUUGUAAUGCCGUUAAGAAUCAAGGUCAUGGGAGAAAGCACAAGACUCCGAUCCGCUCUCGAGUUUCCACACUCCUCACCUGUGGCUAGGGACAUCACCAGGAUAAGGUUUCCGUCACACGAAGGCGUGUGUAAACCUGAUCCAUCAAUGCUGCAAAAUUAGCUGUUUUUUUUUUUGUUGGAUGUCAUGACUUGCUGUGGCGCGUCAUGGUGACUGCUAACCCAGGGAGAUGAAACUCUUGUUGCUGUGCGUGUGUACGCUCUUUAGAAAUGACAUUGCAAUGGAUUUCAGUGGCCUUCUGUAGUAAUGCUCAGCCGAAACAAGUUAACACUUCAGAGCCUAGCCUCCUCACCCCUCCGAGCCAACGCACACAAACAGUUUUGAAUGGUGCGUCAGAUUGAAUAGUGUAAGAGUGCUUACUUGAUUGUUGGCCAACCCCGCUCACCUCUGCCUGUAGGUAUUGGUGGUGUUGCGACCAGCCUGUGGGUCUGAUGCAUUUCUCAACCCAACCCUUUGAUCUACCUUGUGAGCCUCAGGGGAAAAUCAGGGAUAAUUGUCACCCCUCACUCAGCCCACCAGAGCAACUGAUCGUGAGGCAAAUCUCAAGUCACCGUGAGCAGACUGGAGUUCGCAAUAACAAGUGACACUUCUAAUAGCAUCCUUCGCGUCAGAAGGGAUGUCUCAAGGUGCACGUCAUUCCAGGUAGCACAUGUGAACGUGGUGUUGACAAGAACCAAGUUGACCAAGUUACCUUUGCCUUUUAGCUGAAAGGUAAUAAGUGCACAACUUAAAAGAAACAUAAAAUAAAUGCGGAGGGGAAGGGGGCGAACAAGUGGGGGAAAUUCCAGCUUGUGUGAUCCUGGGACUAACUGUGCUAAAAUGACUCCUCCAUUUCAAUGCAGUUUCUGAAGCUGUAUGUAGCUGCUUUUCGAAGCUCCCAACCUAUUAUGGCUUCUUAAGGGUUAAUACCCCUUGCCCACCCCCCCCACCCCCG